CAGGGGGAAAAUGUGUAAGUAAUGAAUUACUCCUCUUCUAGACACCUUCUAGUCCACAAAAGCUAGGGGGAACUUCAAAGGUGUGAGAUGUGUCAUGUCAAAAACAUGUUUUUCUUUUCACUCACUUCAUUGCAUGUAUCUAAAGUUUAUAAAAUGUUUUUACAUAAAAUGCAUUAGUCCAUACCAGCACCAUGCAAAAUAACAAUGAUUUGCAAAUGUAUUUCAUAUACUCUGUGUAACAAUCAUUAACAUCUAAUAAUGAAUUAUGAUGCACUUUAAUAAUGAUUAGUGCAGCUACAGUAGGUUUCUAUUGCCCCAAACCACUACAAAGCGGGGGUGCGUUUAUAGAAAGCGUCGUUGUCUGACCACUGUUGCAAUCUUACAACCGUUGUUCGACGAUUUGGUGUUUCUCGUUUCUUGAACGACGAAAGUUGCGACGCAGUUACUACGGUCGUGAGUACGUCGGUUUUUACAGCCUAUGCUCCAGUGCAUAGACACAGUAUACUAUGUCUAUGUCUAUGCUCCAGUGUACCAUCCUUGUUCAGCAAAGACUUUAUUAACGUCGUUAUUCUUGAAACGCACCACUGAGUAGUAGUGCCAUGGCAAGGCUCACUCCAGAGAUGACGUCGUAUACAAUCUUCCUACUUUAGAACUUCUCUCGUUUGCCCUAAGGUUUCAUUUUCACUCAGAGAAUCCAGCAUCUGCAUCUGUUUCAGCCCCCACACCACAGAAAGAUGAAUCCAGUUUCCACUUACUUUCACACUUCCACGCUUACUGAAACAAAGGAUGUUUCUACCUCACCAAGGAUCAAUCCCUAAAAUGACCAGGGGAACAAUGACAACCAUCUGAUUCAGUCUACGGCAGCCAAAAACAGACAUACAGCACUAUUAUGGAAGAUGGACUGGCUAGCUCAGUGAAUCGUAUGGCCGAUGCCCUGUCCAUGCAUGAGUUACGGACACUGCACUUCCUGUGCUCAGACCUUCUACCCAACACCUGUGUGGAAGACCUGAGAGGGGCCCUUAUCUCGCUGGCUCAAGCCGCUGGGAACAGUCAUUCUACCCGUAUGAUCCUAACGGAGCUCAUGUUUCACUUGAAGCGCUUCGACAUUCUGAAGAAGGUUCUAGGGACGAGCCGACAGGAGGUGGAAAGUAUGCUGGAAAGCAGACAGGUCCUCUCUAGAUACAGGGUGUUGAUGGUUGAUCUGAGUGCUGAUCUUGGGAAAGAUGAACUCCACUCUUUGGUCUUUCUCCUUAGUGGCAGACUUCCCCGUGUAAAGCUGGAGAGUGCCUCUAGCUUUCUGGAUGUGGUGACAGAACUGGAGAAACUCGAUGAUGUGUCCCCUGAAAAGCUGGACCUAAUUGAGCAGGGCUUCCAGGACAUUCACAGAGUUGACCUUGUGAGGAAGAUCCAGAUGUUUCAAAAGAAAGGAACUCCUAGGAAACAUUUGGACCACAAUCAAGAGACCAAGAGAGGAGUCUGUUCCCCUACCAGUCCCCCUCCUCGCCUGACCGUCUGUCCUAUUGUACAGACUAAGGGAUCAUCUUUAGCAUCAAAAGGGCUAAAGAUGUCAGUGGCCGAAACAGGGGUGCAUUGUCAACAGGCCCCUGAAGAGUAUAUCAUGGAAACCAUUCCCCGUGGUGUGUGCAUAAUCAUAGACUGUGUGGGUUGUGAUGGAGACAUGCUAAAGCAAACAUUUCAGCACUUGGGCUUCAAGGUCAUCCUGCAUACAUUACUGUGUUUGGUGGACACCCACAGUGUCCUGAGGGUACUGUCCCGAAGUCCAGACCUUCAGAAAUCAUCAGCAUUCGUCUGCUGUCUCCUCAGUCGUGGUUCGGAGACACAUAUCCUCGCCACGGAGUCCAGUGGCCCCGGUCUGAGCCUGGUUGCUGUAAGGCAGCUCUUUGAUGCACAAAGCUGCCCAGCAUUGAAAGGCAAACCCAAACUUUUCUUCGUCCAGAUCUAUGCGAUUCAGGAGGCCCAUGUUUGGUCCUCACAGAUAGACGAGUGCCUGGAGACUGAUGAUUGGGGACCGUCUGGGUGUUCGAACUGGCAGACUGAUGCUGUAAAAACGAUUCCAGUCAGCGCAGACGUGUUGAGCUGUGUGUGCAUGACUGACGCCCAGUUGUUGGAUAGGAGGGGGCACCAGUCUGUGUAUUGGGAGGUCAUGAGGUCAACCCUACUGAGGUUUCAUGGCAGGAGAAUACCACUGCUCGACGCGCUCACCGAGGUGAACAGAGCAGUGUGUGAAUACAGCCAGAGGAACGCCAACGAAAGCUACAGCAUUAGCCUGAGUCAUACACUGAGAAAGACUCUUUACCUCUAAUACUCAAAAUGUGAAGGAGUGAAUGAAGGAAACAGGAUGUAAGGUUUUAUGUCUAAGAAGAAACACCCCUAGAAACACCUGUAUAACCGAGUGCUUGGUAGAAUGAAGGAAAUACCAGGUAGCAAAUGUCUAAGCUAUACCAAAACCCAUAUUCUCUUUUAUUCUACACACUACUAAACUAUAUAGACUACUAAAGCCUGUGAAGUUAACUAUCCACAGUGGUCUCUCCUCCUUGUACAGAAAAGUUAAGCUAUUUUUUAUUUCUAUUCACCGCAUAAGCAUUCAUUUUAUAUUAAUAAUAUAUUAAUUUUAUUAUUUGUAUAUUGUAGGUGUUUGUGUUUUUAUAUUUAAGUUUACACUAUACAGGCAGCUUAUUAAACCACCAGGAAAACGGUAAUUUUUGAAACAUGGCACAAAACAUGUUCACCAAUUUAAACUUCUACCAUGUUUAAUGAUUAAUGUAUUUUAAUUGUAAAUGUUAUAAAGCAUUUAUAAUAUAAUGUAUUUAACACAAUUAUCCUCCUGAAUUUGAUUUAGUCAUUACCAUAUCAUUUUUGUGACACCUAAUGACUUCUAACUACAAUUUAAACUGUGUCCACAGAGGAUGGUUCAAUCAUUCAUAAGUAAUAAAAGAUAUUUGUGUAUGAUUAAAGACUUUUUCAUCAAAAGCAACAUUUAAUAAUAUUUCAUAUGAGCAAGAUUGUUUUACAAGGUUUCACAGUUGUGUCCCAACUUUUUGUCAAUACCGUCAGACAUUCAUUAAAAUGUAAAACAUUUAGGCAAUAUCAAGGGCAGCAGUUGUUUUGAAAGACUCCUUGUCACAUUUAGCAUCUGCAGAAUACAUAAGUGUCAGACAGACUGUGAUUAGUUUUAUAGUUUUUUGUGAAUGUUAUAAAUCUUAAUGUUAAUAUCUCCUCUGUCACAACCAUGAUAUCUAAGCACCGUCUCUAGAUUUCUGGGGAAAUAAUUUUUGAAAUUCUUAGAAAACGAAUUCUUAUGAAGUAGAUUAUGUUAGCAGCAUCAGAAAACCCCAAAUUUGUUUUGUGGAAAUAAUGCCUUAUUUGUCAACACUGUCAGAUGUCAACUUCGUUAGAUUUUCUUUCUAUAAAUAAAAUGUUUUUAAAAAAAAAA